CAAAAAGCUGAAGCCCUGCUCAGUCCUGCUCACUCCCCGGUGUGCCAACCCAAGGAUAACGGUUAUUGAAAGAGACAGAAUGAGGAAGCUCCUGUCCUUCAACCUCUUCAUCCUGCUCUGCUGCUGCUGGACGACGCAGGCAGAAAUCUUCACCUCCAUCAGCCAAAUGACCGACCUGAUCUACACAGAAAAAGAGUUGGUCCAGUCUCUGAGGGAUUACAUUAAAGCAGAGGAGUCCAAGCUCGAUGCUGUCAAAAGCUGGGCCAACAAACUCGACGCUCUGACCAGAGUGUCCACCUCCGACCCAGAGGGCUACCUGGCCCACCCGGUGAACGCCUACAAACUGAUGAAGAGACUCAACACUGAGUGGUCUGAACUGGAGACUCUGGUGCUGCAGAACCCCUCUGAUGGGUUCAUUUCCAACAUGUCCAUACACAGACAGUUCUUCCCUGAUGAAGAGGAUGAGACGGGUGCCGCCAAGGCGUUGAUGCGUCUUCAGGACACGUACCAACUGGAUUCUGAGGCUUUCUCCAGAGGAAAGCUGCCAGGUGUUCACUCCAACGCCUUGCUGAUGGUGGACGACUGCUUCGAUAUGGGGAAGACGGCGUACAACGACGGCGACUACUACCACGCCGUGCUGUGGAUGCAGCAGGCCCUGAAGCAGCUGGACGGGGGGGAGGAAUCCGUGGCCUCCAAACCCGACAUUCUGGAUUACCUCAGCUACUCCGUCUACCAGAUGGGAGACCUACCGCGAGCCAUUGAGCUCACCCGGCGGCUGGUUGCUGUUGCCCCCGGCCACCAGAGGGCAGGAGGAAACCUGCGUUAUUACGAGCGGCUGCUGUCAAAGCAGCUCAGCGAGCAGGACCAGAAAUACCAGCCGGCCACCGAGGAACCCAUCCAGCUGGGAACCUACCAGAGACCUAAAGACCACCUCCCAGAGAGGGAGACCUACGAGGCUCUCUGCAGGGGGGAGGGGCUCCAAAUGAACGAGGCGAGACGCAGCCGCCUGUUCUGUCGCUACCAGGACGGGAAGAGGAACCCUCGUCUCCUCCUGAAGCCCAUGAAGGAGGAGGACGAGUGGGACAGCCCUCACAUCGUUAGAUACCUGGAGAUGCUGUCCCAGGAGGAGACGCAGAAGAUUAAGGAGCUGGCUAAACCCAGGCUUGCCAGAGCAACAGUCCGCGACCCCAAAACAGGCGUCCUGACCACAGCCAACUACAGAGUAUCAAAAAGUGCAUGGUUGGAGGAGGUGGACGACCCGGUCAUCGGCAUAGUCAACCAGAGAAUAGAAGACAUCACAGGCCUCGAGCUAGACACUGCAGAGUUACUACAGGUCGCUAACUAUGGAGUUGGAGGACAGUACGAGCCACAUUAUGACUUCUCAAGGCGUCCUUUUGACAGCCACCUCAAGCGUGACGGAAAUAGACUUGCUACCUUCCUAAACUACAUGAGUGAUGUCGAAGCAGGAGGUGCAACGGUCUUCCCCGACUUUGGAGCAGCAAUCUGGCCUAGAAAGGGGACGGCGGUGUUCUGGUACAAUCUGUUCAAGAGCGGAGGAGACUAUCGGACCAGACAUGCAGCCUGUCCCGUCUUAGUAGGAAGUAAAUGGGUGUCAAACAAGUGGAUUCACGAGCGUGGACAAGAGUUCAGGAGACCCUGUGGUUUAACAGAAGUGGAUUGAAGUUAACUAACACCUAAAGAACAUGCAAAAACACACACACUCAUUAGUGACUUCAUUCUGGCAAAACUUAGUGUUCUCUCCCUCAACUUUUGUACAGGAUAAAAAAAUGUUUUACGGAAAAAUGUUGACAAUUUUAUGUGGAAUUUGUCUGGAUAAUUUCUUCUUUUCUUAACCAGAAGACACAUACUGUUAUGCACCCCUACAUUGACCCCACUUUAUGAAAUAGGUGAAUUACACCUUUGCUUAGCCCCGCCUCCUGCCACUUUUUAGCUACUAAAGCUGUCAGAGCUACGUUACCAUGGAGACCACACUGUCACUAAAUGCACUUCCCGCAUUAAAGUUAUCUAAUCAUUGGGAAAAGGAGGGAAAGCGAUUUCACAUUGAAACAGACAGAAGAGUCGGCAAUAUGUGUUCGAAGGGUAAAUCCAGAAUGUUAAAGUGAUUUAGCAGAGAAAACAGGAGAAAAAGAGAUAGAA